ACUCCUUUCCGGAUCUACUCCCAAAUCCUUGGCGUCCGGCUGCCGUAGGCUCGCGACGCGGAGGUGGUUCAGCGAAGAUGGCGGCUUGUAGACGUGUGCAGCUUCUUUUAUUGCUUUUAGUCAUUCCUGCUUUCGUUCGUUCUACGCAGGGAGCGAAGUCACAGAGCGCUCACAGUGACGUGAAUGCAGAAGAUAAUACUAAUGACGGGAAAAAUGCCGGAGGUGCUCCGGCGGAGCCGAAGGCUGGAGCAGCGGCCUCUCAGUCGCGCCGCAGCUCCACCGGCUGGAAGCUGGCUGAGGAGGAGGCCUGUCGGGAGGACGUGAUCAGAAUGUGCUCCAAACACUCCUGGAACAACAACCUGGCCGUGCUCGAGUGUCUGCAGGACAGGAAAGAGGAAACGGAGAUUGCAGCCACCUGUAACCAUCUGCUAUGGAAUUACAAACUGAAUCUGACAACAGACCCAAAGUUUGAGUCCGUGGCCAUGGAGGUGUGCAAGAGUACCAUUAGUGAUCUUAAAGAGUGUGCAUCAGAGGAGCGGGGGAAGGGCUAUUUAGUGUCAUGUUUGGUAGAUCACCGUCCCAACAUCACUGAAUACCAGUGCAAUCAGUACAUCACAAAGAUGGCUACCAUCGUCUUCAGUGACUACCGGCUCAUCUGCGGCUUUAUGGACCGCUGCAAGGACGACAUCAACGUGCUGCACUGUGGCAGUGUUAACAUGGGUGAGAAGGAUAUACAUUCUCAGGGAGAGGUGAUAGCAUGUCUGGAGAAAGGGCUGGUGAGUGAAGCAGAGGAACAGCCAGGGCGUUAUAUAAUCAGAGAUGAUUGUAAGAAGGCCAUCAUGCGUGUGGCUGAGCUGUCAUCAGAUGACUUUCACCUUGACAGGCACCUCUUCUUUGCAUGCCGAGAUGAUCGCGAGCGCUUCUGUGAAAACAUUCCAGCAGGCGAGGGCAGGGUCUACAAAUGUCUGUUCAACCACAAGUUUGACGAUUCAAUGUCUGGAAAGUGCAGAGAGGCCCUCUCCACCAGACAGAAGUUGAUAGCACAGGAUUACAAGGUGAGCUACUCCCUGGCCAAAGCCUGCAAACAGGACCUGCGGAAAUACCGCUGCAAUGUGGACACCACAUUGCCGCGUGGCAGAGAUGCCAAACUAUCCUAUCUGCUCCUGUGUCUCGAGUCGGCCGUACACAGAGGACGUGCUGUGAGUGGCGAGUGUCAGGGGGAGAUGUUGGACUACAGACGCAUGCUGAUGGAGGAUUAUUCGCUGAGUCCUGAGAUCGUGCUGCACUGCCGUGGGGAGAUUGACACGCACUGCUCCGGGCUGCAUCACAAAGGCCGAACCCUCCACUGCCUCAUGAGAGUGUCCCGUGACAAGGGCAUUGUAGACAACCUCUGUCAGAAAUCUCUCCAGACUUUGAUCCAGGAGACAGAUCCCGGGGCAGAUUACCGGAUUGACCGGGCUCUCAAUGAGGCCUGUGAGUCAGUCAUCCAGACUGCCUGCAAACACAUCCGUAACGGAGACCCCAUGAUCCUGUCUUGUUUAAUGGAGCAUCUUUACACGGAUAAGAUGGUGGAAGAGUGUGAGCACAGGUUGCUAGAGCUGCAGUACUUCAUCUCCAGAGACUGGAAGCUAGAUCCGAUCCUGUACAGGAAGUGUCAGAAUGAUGCUGCGCGUAUUUGCCACACUCAUGGCUGGAAUGAGACGAGUGAAUUCAUGCCCCCAGGAGCGGUCUUUUCCUGCCUGUACCGCCAUGCUUACCGCACCGAGGAGCAGGGUCGACGGUUAUCACGUGACUGUAAGACGGAAGUGCAACGCAUUCUCCAUCAGAGGGCUUUGGAUGUAAAGCUGGACCCAGACCUGCAGAGACGGUGUAUGACCGAUCUGGGGAAGUGGUGCAGUGAAAAAACGGACCCUGGCCAGGAGUUGGAGUGUUUACAGGAUCAUUUAGAUGAUUUGGGAUCAGACUGUAGAGAUGUAGUGGGAAACCUGACCGAGCUGGAGUCUGAAGAUAUUCAGAUUGAAGCCCUUUUAAUUCGAGCCUGUGAACCGGUCAUCCAGUCACACUGCCAUGAGGUGGCAGAUAAUCAGAUAGAUACUGGAGAUCUGAUGGAGUGUCUUGUGCUCAAUAAACACCAGAAGGAAAUGAAUGAAAAAUGUGCAGUUGGAGUCACUCACUUUCAACUGGUCCAAAUGAAAGAUUUCCGCUUUUCGUACAAGUUCAAGAUGGCUUGCAAGGAGGAUGUUCUCAAGCUCUGCCCCAACAUCAAAAAGAAGGUGGAUGUGGUCAUCUGUCUGAGCACCAUGGUCAGGAAUGAUACACUGCAGGAGGUGAAAGACCAACGUGUUUCCAUGAAGUGCCGGAGGCAGCUCAGAGUCGAGGAACUGGAGAUGUCAGAGGAUAUCCGCCUGGACCCAGAUCUGUACGAGAACUGCAAGCAGGACAUAAAGGAUCAUUGUCAGAACGUGGUGUACGGCAAUGCACAGGUGAUUGAGUGCCUGAAGGACAAUAAGAAGCAUCUAACCCAGCGCUGUCACCAGAAGAUCUUUAAACUGCAGGAAACUGAGAUGAUUGACCCUGAACUUGACUUUCAGCUCAUGAGAGUGUGUAAACAGAUGAUCAGGCGUUUCUGCUCUGAAGCCGAUGCUAAGGACAUGCUCCAGUGCCUGAAACGGAACAAGAACAGUGAGCUCAUGGACCCGAAAUGCAAACAGAUGAUCACGAAGAGACAGAUCACCCAGAACACGGAUUACAGAUUGAACCCAGUUCUGAGGAAGGCUUGUAAGGCUGACAUUCCCAAGUUCUGCCAGAACAUUCUGAACAAAGCAAAAGAUGACAUUGAGUUAGAGGGCCAGGUCAUCUCCUGCCUCAAACUCAAAUAUGCUGACCAGCGUCUCUCUUCAGACUGUGAGGACCAGAUCAGGAUCAUUCUGCAGGAGUCUGCCUUGGACUACAGACUGGACCCUCAGUUACAGAUGCAGUGCAGUGAGGAGAUCCCACGACUGUGUGCAGAAGAAGUAGCGGCCCAGGAACAGACGGGUCAGGUGGAGGAAUGUCUCAAAGUGAAUCUCCUCAAGAUUAAAAAUGAGGGCUGCAAAAAGGAAGUGCUGAAUAUCCUCAAGGAGAGUAAGGCAGACAUUUUUGUGGAUCCAGUGUUACACACAGCAUGUGCGCUUGACCUUAAGCAUCAGUGCGCUGCCAUCCCACCUGGUAGAGGAAGACAGAUGUCUUGUCUGAUGGAGGCGCUUCAGGAUAAGAGAGUGAGACUCCAGCCUGAGUGUAAGAAGAGACUGCAAGACCGGAUAGACAUGUGGAGCUACGCUGCCAAGGUGGCACCAGCAGAAGGCUUUUCAGACUUGGCUGGUCAGGUCCUCUCUUCUCCUGCUAAGAACUAUAUCCUGAGCAUGCUGGCAAUGUGUGUGGUACUGCUGUUCUUCAUGGGGCUGCUGUGCGGCCGCAUCACCAAGCGCGUCACGCAGGAGCUGAAGGACAGGUAAAGAGUGUUGCCAGGGGCAGGAGGAGGGGGAGACCCAAUGUCCUCCCUUCCCCCUACCCCAUUCCACAUAAGGGGGAGUGGAGAAGACAGCAGUGCUUCUCUCUCUAUCCCUCAUUCACCCCGGGCCCUGGCUAUGACACGGUGAAGAGGACGAGCAAGACUGAAACUGUGCAGAUUUUCUUGCUACUGGCAGCAGCCAUGUUGGGACCUGACUUUACCCUCUUCACGCUGUCCAUGUUUUCUGAUUGCGGUAUUCCUGCAUCAUCUGCUUCUCUGUGAUUGAACCUGCCUGCUGUGGACAUUUGGGCCAUUUUGUGUGUGUGUUUGCACAUUUCUAAGUACAGUGUGCCAGCAUCUUUUGAGACAUUGUUUCUCCCCUUUCAGCUUUCUCCAUGUUCCUGGAGCUCUUGUUCCAUUUCUCUUGUUUAUUUGCAGGUCAUGUAUUUAUUGUUGAUGCUUUUGUUGUAUUGAACGUUGUGGUGGGAGUUUUUACGUAUGCUUGGGCUUUGUUGUACUCCCCUGUGGUCUACUGAGGCAGCGAGGUAGAGGCAGCAGGUUCUCCCUAGUAAAUUACGGAAAUAAUUGUGUGGUUGUGGGUGGUUGCCAUACAAUUCAGUUCCACAUGGCGACCUAGGAUAUUUGUGGUAUUAAGUUUGCACAGGUCUGAUAAUGUUUUUUUAUUAUUAACUGAUCUUGUAAUUUCAUUAGCAUUGACAUGGGUUGUUCUUUUAAUAAGGUCACGGCUGUGAUUUAUCCACUAACUUGCAGAACAUCUAAUGGGAGGAUAAGGCCAUCAUUUGCUUUAUAGUAUUAUUUAUAAAUAACAUGCUUGACGUUGAUGUAGUAGGCUACAAACUACUAAAUAGAGCCUUUUGUGAUUUGAUUAAUUACAGAGGUUUAAAAAAAAUUAUUGGAAUGAAUGUGUGUGAGAGUGAGUGAAAGAUUUCCUGUGAGGGUGAAUGAGACGUUCAAGAUUAAAUAUCCUGUCCGAGUUUACUUAUUUUCAUCAAGAAAGCUUAAGUUUUAUGUUGUACACAGGGAUAUUUGUGUCUGCUAUUGCAGGUUUGGGUUGUUGAUUAAUAAAGGCAUCCGAUCUAA